AUGCAGCUAAGCAGGACUAGUCCCAACAUCAUAAAAAUAUCCACAAAGCGCUGCCAUUGCCCGACACCUGCUAAUUCACUAGCUAAUAAGCUGCUGUCUAUCUAUAGUCUAGCAUAUCUAGCACCAUACAGUCGGGCGCUUGUUUGGGACUGCGACAGUGUCUCUUGGGCUUUUAGUGUGCCGCCACGAGACGAGGCCAAGGAAGAUAAUAAUGGAAUCCUUUGUGUGACUUACUUUACCCAAGCACGAUGGCAGGCGAGGGACGAUUCCUUGCAUCCUCCGCAACGCCGAGUCAUCUGUCGUCGCGACAACAAUGAUGGGGCACCCCCUGGAAAAAUUGGCACCUGCCAACUGGGACCCGACACAAAAGUGACAUGCGAAACAGUCUCUCUAAAAAGUGGGGUGCAGUGGAGACUCGGCCACGAUCCGUCGGAACGCCAUGAUGGAUGUGUCACUUCCGUAUCCGAGUGUAACUAUACCAGCCAGACUGCGUCCAGGAUGUAUUCUCAGCCGUCUAGAAAAUCAGAUUCUAAACUUAGUGCUGCAUUUGAUGCAAAGAUCUAG